GCUAUAUCAGCUGUUCGCUGCUAGUUCGCCAGCUGUAGCAGGGAGUUGAAGUUUAUUGUUUGGGAAGCAAUAUGGCUAUCUGGUGAUUAGUAAUUGUGCGAUACGCAAGACAAAGAAACAACGCAGUUCUCAUGGUAUUUGGAGCCGCGUUGUAGAUAAAAUAGUAGUUGAUUUAAGUAAGAAGUAAAUAUAAUAAAUAGGAAUGUUGGAGCUCGAGGUAGUGCCCGAAAGAUCCCUUGGUUGUGAGCAGUGGGAAUUUAUUUUAGGUAUGCAUUUUUCCCAGUCUGUAUCAAUAAUACAAUCUCAAGUGGGCAUUAUAAGAGGAGUACAAGUACUUUAUAGUGAUAGUAAUCCAUUAGAAGUAGAUUUAGUAAUAAACUUACCUCAUGACGGCGUUAGACUCAUAUUUGAUCCAGUGGUGCAAAGGCUUAAAAUAAUUGAGAUUUAUAACAUGAAAUUAGUUAAACUGAAAUAUUGUGGUUUGCCAUUCAAUUCACCCGAGGUAUUACCUUCGAUCGAACAGAUUGAACAUUCGUUCGGAGCUACUCAUCCUGGAGUGUAUGAUAGCGAAAAGCAGGUUUUUGUGUUAAACUUCAGAGGAUUGUCAUUUUACUUUCCAAUUGAUUCAAAAUUCCAACCAGGAUAUGCACAUGGCUUAGGGUCAUUACAAUUUCCAAAUGGAACUUCUCCUCUUGUCGCAAAGACAGCUAUUUAUGUUGGUAAUAUGGCUACUGGUUCCAGUAGCGAAGAACAUAGUUUGAAAGCCCCACCACCACCAUUACCACUUGUGUGUUAUCAUAAUAAUUUAUAUUUGGAAAAGGCUGAGGUUAUACGUGAUAAAACACAUACACGAGGACUCAGAUUACACCUUUUCACCGAAGGAAGUUCUGUAACAAGGGUGCUACUAGAACCGAAGAAGCGAUCUCUCACCAAAGAAAUUUUAUUUGGUGAUACGUGCGAAGAUGUACUAAGUGCUCUUGGUGCACCAUCAAGAGUAUUUUUUAAAGCAGAGGAUAAAAUGCGAAUUCAUAGUCCUCAUGCACAUAAACGUGAUAAGAUUAGAAGGUCUGACUUUUUUUAUAAUUAUUUUACGUUAGGAUUGGAUAUAUUAUUCGAUGCCAAAACUCAGUGUGUAAAGAAGUUCGUUUUACAUACCAAUUAUCCAGGACAUUAUAAUUUUAAUAUGUAUCACCGUUGUGAAUUUAUUUUAAUUUUACCUCCAGAAAAUAAUUCCACAGAAUCGGGAAAACUUAUUGACGUUUCCCCUUCUCCCGUUACGAUCACUGCCUAUACAAAAUGGGAUGGCAUAAGUGAACAGUUAAAGGCAAGUGCACGACCUGUAGUGUUAAAUCGUGCAUCUUCGACAAAUACGACAAAUCCAUUUGGAUGCACGUUUUGUUAUGGUAUACGUGAUGCAAUUGUUGAAGUUAUGGCUAAUCAGCAUAUUGCCAGCGUAACUCUCUAUAAAGCAGCGUGACCAUAAUUAUAUUUCAAUUAUGGUGCAUUAGAAAAAGACCACUAAAAAAAAAAAGAAAAAAAAAGAAAAAAAAAAGAAGAAAGGCAGGCACACCUUUGAAAGAUAAGGAAGCAAACAAAUUCACAGUUGAUUUUUGCAUAAUAUCUCUCAUUGAAAGACUGCAUGAUAAGAGGCGUGUGUGAGGUGGAAAAGAUGCGUAAGGACACUCAUAAGGUUUUUAAUAAUAAUAUGAUUUUAAAAUGCAAGCGUUGUGAUUGAGGUAAUGUUUGAGUACUCAUUUGCAUCGAUAUUAUGAUGUAAGAUGGAAUUCAGAGGCAAAAAAAAUAAUAUCGUUUUUCAUAACAUUUAUGUAUGUAUCCUUAAAAUUUACACUUUUUUUUGUGAUAUUUAACAUAAAAGAAUUUCCAACACCGAAAGAUAUCAGAUUUAAUAUUUUAUUUUCAAUGUAUUUUACAAUUAUAUAUUUAUCAUAUAGCAAAGAAAACGUAACACUUGAGCUUGAAUAUAUUAAAAAAAAAAAAAAUAAUAAAAUAAAAUAAAGUAAAAUAAAAAUAGGAGUAGUAUCACAAAUUAAUAUGAAUUUUGAUAGUUAAUAAAGUAUAGUGUUAAUGCAGCGAUAAUGAUAAUAUUAUUAUACUACGUAUAUACAUAACAUAUACAUAUGUAUAUAUAUGUAGUAUAUAUAUAUAUAUAUAUAUAUAUAUAUAUAUAUAUAUAUAUAUAUAUACAUUAACAUAUGCUUAGAUAAAGUAAACAGUUAAAUUUCAUAAACCAAAAUUUUAUAAUACGUGUGUUGGAGAUUGAGGAUCAAGUAUCAAGUAAAAGAAUGAUUUGUGAAAGCAAGUAAAGAGUGUGCAAUACUGUUUAGAUAAUUAUAAUGCUUUUAUAAUUAGUAAAAUCGAUCGAGAAUUUCAUACAAAAGACGAAAGAAAAGAUAUUUCUAAUUUUUUUUCAUGCAAAAUAUCUUUGGUUGAUAAUAGUAAAAUACAUAAAAUGAAACACAAGGAUUUAUUUUGCCUAUAU